AAGAGCCCCAGCGUGUGCAAGGGCUUUCAAGCCUCUGCUGCUUGAGUGGUAACUGUUCCUUGGCUGAGUGGGAUGUUCCAGUACGUGUUUUUCUGUGUGUGCUUCGUCAUCCAGUUGCAGCCAGUGUCUUUGAUGGCCCUGGACCCCUGCUCUGCCUACAUCAGCCUGAACGAGCCCUGGAGGAACACAGAACAUCGGAUAAAUGGUUCCCACGGGCAGCCAACGUGCGACAGUCAGAUCGACGGGGAGUGGUAUCGCUUUACUGGCAUGGCUGGCGAUGCCAUGCCUACCUUCUGCAUCCCAGAGAACCACUGUGGCACCCACGCUCCCAUUUGGAUGAACGGCAGCCACCCGCGAGAGUCAGAUGGCAUCGUUCCGCGCCAAGCCUGUGCCAGCUUCAAUGGGAACUGCUGCCUUUGGAAUACCACGAUUGACGUCAAGGCGUGCCCGGGCGGGUACUACGUGUAUCGCUUGACCAAGCCCAGCGUUUGCUUCCAUGCGUACUGUGGGCAUUUUUACGACAUCUGUGAUGUGGCGGAUUGCCAGGGCUCCUGCCUGGACACCAGUGACUGCACGUGUUCCCUGGGGACGACGCUAGGACCUGAUGGACAGACAUGUCUUGAUGAAAAUGAAUGUGAGCAGAACAACGGAGGCUGCAGCGAGUUUUGUGUUAACCUGAAGAACUCCUACCGCUGUGAGUGCGGGAUCGGGCGCACGCUGGGAAGUGAUGGGAAGACCUGUGAAGAAAUUGAAGGCUGUCACAAUAACAACGGAGGCUGCAGCCAUACCUGUAUUGAAGUGGAAGACACAUACCAAUGUGAAUGUCCGAGAGGACUUGUUCUGUCAGAAGAUAACCACACUUGCCAAGUUCCAGUGCUGUGCAAGUCCAGCUCUAUCGAGGUGAGCAUCCCAAAGGACCUGGUCGGAGGCCUGGACCUUUCCCUCAUCAACACUUCCUGCAAAGGAGUAUCCAAUGGCACUCACGUCAACAUCCAUUUCUCCUUGAAGUCCUGCGGCACCGUUGUAGAUGUAAUAAACGAUAAAAUCAUUGCCACCAAUGUGGUGACUGGCUUGCCAAAGCAGACUCCAGGAAGCAACGGGGACAUCAUCGUCCGCACCAGCAAGCUGCUGAUCCCUGUGACCUGUGAGUUCCCACGCCGGUACACCAUCUCCGAAGGUUAUGUGCCCAACCUCAAGAACUCACCCUUGGAAAUCAUGAGCCGCAACCAGGGCGUCUUUCCCUUCACUCUUGAGAUCUUCAAAGACAAAGACUUUGACGAACCCUACAGGGGUGCUCUUCCCACCCUCAAGCUUCGGGACUCUCUGUACUUUGGGAUCGAACCAUUGGUACAUGUCAAUGGACUAGAGACACUGGUAGAGAGCUGCUUUGCCACUCCCACUUCAAAAAUCGACGAGAUCCUGAAGUACUACCUGAUCCAAGAUGGCUGCGUUUCUGAUGAUUCGGUGAAACAGUACACGUCAAAGGACCACCUUGCCAAGCAUUUCCAGGUUCCUGUGUUCAAGUUUGUGGGCAAAGACAACAAGGAAGUGUUCUUGCAUUGCCGCAUCCUCGUGUGCGGGGCGCUGGACGAGAGCUCGCGCUGCGCCCAGGGCUGCCGGAGACGGGUGCGCAGGUCGGCUGAGACCGAGGAAGAGGAGGAAUCUGUUCACGUGGCAAACCACAUCCUGACAGGUGGCCCCAUCAGAAUCGACUUUGACGACUAA